AUGGAACCAAAAGUUUUCAAGGCUAUGCUACAUUUCAUAUACAGAGACGCGCUUAUGAAAGAUGAGUUAGCGACAUCUAGUUCUUUCUCCGAAUCCGAUUCGUUAAUAGCCAAGUUGUUGGCUGCUGCCGAUAAGUAUAAUUUGGUCAGACUUCGCCGGAUGUGUGAGUCUCACCUCUGUAAAGAUAUAACCGUAAACUCUGUUGGUAGAUCUCUCGCACUGGCCGAUCGUUAUCAUGCCACUGAAUUGAAAGUUGUUUGCUUAAGAUACGCAGCUGAAAAUCUUGCAGGGGAGAGACGAGAGACCGAGACAAAGGAGGUAGAAGAAGAAGUGGGGUGUGAUGGAACCCACAAAAUAUUAUUGUUUUAUAAUAGCUUUAAAUAA